AUGGCAAACUCAUCUAUGAUGAUACGAAAGAGAUUCAUCGGCAUAGCAGUGACUUUACUCACUGUGGCGUGGGGAAUCACUGCGCAGAUCAAUGAAAAGUGGGAGCCAUAUUUUUUGCACGAGGUUGCACUGAUAUACGUAAAUGGCCAACAAGUGAAAUUUGAAGCCGUACAAAUACCAGCACCACCAUGGGAUCAGUACAAAUAUGUGCUAAGCUCUGUAUAUGUGGAAAGAAACGUGUACUAUUUAAAGGAUGCCAUUGCGCUUUACGAAAGCCCACAUCCUGUUAAACCCUAUUUAGAAAAGAUUGUUGACUACUUUCAACACAAGCUAGAUGCAGCAAAAGGAGAACCAUGUAUAAGAUGUGAACCUGUUGAAAUAUGUCUCUAUUACGUUCAACAUUUUAAUGGUAUCACUGACGAAGAGAUACCAUCACAAACACACGGCUUUCGCCUUCACGAGUUAAUAAAGAGCAUACCACAGUUUAGAAAUGCCCCUAUGAGCAUAAAGAGGCAUAUAAUGACCAAAUGGAUGCUUAUGCUUCGGCGUAUUUAUGCCCUCUGUUCGGCUAGGUUAGAUGCUCUUAAGAAAGAAAACCUACCAAAUAAUCGACAAGAAGGAAGCGCUACCAAUACGACCUCUAAUCGCCGAGACAGUGAUUAUGUCAGCUAUAGCAAUGAAACAACGGCGAAUGGUGAUAGCAGGUCUGGCAUUGGCGAAUUACCAUCUUCAAGUCCCGCACACGAUAUGGCUGCCUCAGCUCGUAUUGUAGGGUCAUUGGGUGCAUGGACACCAGAACCAGCGUUGUCUAUACACGGUUCUGAUACUUCCGAUGAGAUGUAUGAAUCGUCCAAUGCCAACGGACAGCUGCAUCCACAUCCCGAUGCGAGCACGUCAAGCCCCGCGCAGCAUGACGACAGCUCGUCAGAUUUCUCUACGCAAUAUGAUACAGCUGCAGAAGAUGAUGAUCCAGAUUGGGACGAAUAUUUCGCUUCAUUUCUGCAGCGGCUCAGGAAAUCCCCGGCAGAAAUACCGUCGAUCAUUGAGACAACUGAAUCCAGUGAUCCCCCUUCCGGAUGGCAACGGUUCCUCAUGUUCCUACGUCUAUGUAGGUGGUUCUAG